UUUUGUACAUAAUGAAUCUUGCUGCUAACUGUCCUCCAUGUCUUGAAAAUGCCAAGUGCUACAACAGUACCCACUGUGUUUGUAAAGAUGGGUUCCAGCCCAGGAGUGCGAGAUCCGUCUUUUCAUCCUAUGAGAAAUGUGAAGGUUUUAAAUUGAUGCAACAAACGACAAGGAUGGCACAGUGCAAGGAGAGAGCAUAUUGUAGGAAUAAAAUUGGAAGCUACAUCUGCAGCUGUGUGGCAAAGUAUCUUCGAGUCUUAAGUUGGGUGGCUUGUUUAUUUGACAUUGAUCAACCAGAAUGCUACAUCUAUGACUCCAAGAGGUGCCACCAGGCAAACGAGCAGACUUUCCUGGAAGCCGGAAACAACACCAUGGAUAUUGACUGCACUGACGCCUUCAGAACCAUGAGAGAUACGAAUGGGGUUGCUCUUAUCACUUACCAAUCUCUCGGGGAUGUUCUGGACGGAUCAUUUUUUAACAACAGAAGAGGACUACAAGGAGUGCAGCUGAGCUCCCAUGUUAUGAGCGGCACCAUUGGUUUGAAUCAGAUGGUUCAUCUGUCUAAACCUGUGCUUCUGACGUUUCAACAUACUCAGACUGGUGGUGCGGGAAUGAAGUAUUUCUGUGUAUACUGGGAAGGAUCGGAAGAGGGGGGUAGCUGGUCGAUGGAGGGCUGCUCUCAUGUAUACAGCAACGAAUCCUGCACCAUAUGCAAAUGCUUCCACCUGUCCAGUUUUGCCGUCCUCAUGGCUCUAACACCAAAGGAGGAUCUGGUGCUGACUCUGAUCACCUACGUGGGGCUGAGCCUCUCUCUGCUGUGCCUCUUCCUGGCAGCCCUCACGUUCCUGCUGUGUCGGCCCAUCCAGAACACCAGCACCUCCAUCCACCUGCAGCUCUCGCUCUGCCUCUUCCUGGCCCAUCUCCUCUUCCUCACGGGCAUCAACAGAACUGAACCCAAGGUGCUGUGCUCCGUCACGGCGGGGGCACUGCAUUACUUCUACUUGGCCUCCUUCAUCUGGAUGCUCCUGGAAGGGCUGCACCUCCUCCUCACUGUCCGGAAUCUCAAGGUGGCCAACUACACCAGCGCAAACAGAUUCAAGAAGAGGUUCAUGUACCCUGCAGGCUAUGGGAUCCCAGCUGUGAUUGUCACUGUGUCUGCAAUAGUUGGACACAAAAAUUAUGGAACGUACACUCACUGCUGGCUCAAGCCUGAAAAAGGAUUCAUUUGGAGCUUCAUGGGGCCAGUAGCAGUCAUUAUCAUGAUAAACUUGGUUUUCUACUUCCAAGUUCUGUGGAUUUUGAGAAGCAAACUUUCUUCCCUCAACAAAGAAGUUUCCACCAUUCAGGACACCAGAGUCAUGACAUUUAAAGCCACUGCUCAGCUCUUUGUCUUGGGAUGUUCUUGGGGCCUCGGUUAUUUUAUGGUUGAAGAAGUAGGGAACACGGUUGGAUCGGUCAUUGCCUACUCCUUCACCAUCAUCAAUGUCCUGCAAGGGCUUUUGCUCUUUGUAGUCCACUGUCUCCUUAAUCGCCAGGUACGCAUGGAAUACAAGAAGUGGUUUAGUGGGAUGAGGAAAGGAGUCGAAACUGAAAGCACUGAGAUUUCUCAUUCUACUACACACACUAAAGUGGUAAGACCAGCACCCCUGAAAGCCUUAUCUGAACCCACGAAACCCAGCAUCCUGUGCUACCAGGAGCUUCCUGGUUCUCUUAUCUGA